AUGGCGCUUGCGCAUCUCCCGAGAGUUCCAAAAGGGCAUGGCCUGAGAUAUGCCCAUGCCAGCGUGAAAGUCCCUCACUUUGGCCUCUGGUUGAAUGGCAAGUGGGCUGAAGCCCAAAGUGGGCACACCGGUGAGGUUUUGAACCCUGCCACUGGAGAGAAAGAAGCAACCUUUGCCAUGGGAGAUGCAGCAGACAUCGAUGAAGCAGUGAAGUCAGCAGACCAGUCGUUCAGAAGUGGAGAGUGGAGUGAGCUGAACCCACGAGCGCGAGGUCGUGUAUUGAAUCGGGCCGCCGAGCUUCUCAGAAGUGCCCUCCCAGAGUUUGUGGAUAUGGAGACCCGCCAGACGGGCAGAUGUCUUCGCGAAUACAAGGCUCAGCUUGGCCGAGUGCCAGAGUGGUUUGAAUACCAUGCUUCCUAUGCAGCUGCCAAAGGAUUUGAAGGUCGUCUUCCUUCUUUGACUGAGGCUGACCACAUCAACAUGGUGUGGAGAGUGCCUUUGGGUGUUUGUGGUUUGAUUACUCCAUGGAAUCAUCCAGUUCUCAUCGCUGCUAAGAAGAUCUCAGUUGCUCUGGCUGCGGGAAAUUCAGUGGUAGUGAAGCCUCCGCUGGAGGCACCAGUCACAGUGCUCCGUUUAGGAGAGGUUUUAUCAAUGGCUGGAUUGCCACCUGGAACGCUUCAAGUGGUGCCAGGUGCAGGCCAAACAGCAGGUGAUGCACUAGCCCGCCAUCCCAUGGUUGAAAAAUUGGACUUCACUGGAGGAACUGCGACAGGAUUGCAAAUUCAAAGGUCAAUGGCAGAGGCCGGCAGAGUUCGAGCGUAUUCUGCUGAACUUGGAGGCAAUGCGCCUAUUCUCGUCUUUUCUGACACCAGGAAAGUACAAGAAGCCGUCGAUGGUGUUUGUUUUGCGGCCUUUGUGGCUUCGGGGCAGACCUGCGUGAGCGGUAAGCGUGUUCUUGUCCAGGAUGAGAUUUUUGAGGAGUUUCAGGAUGCUCUGAUCUCCAAGGUGACAAGCUUGCAGGUUGGCAAUCCCUUGGAGGAAGCAACAGACAUUGGCCCUGUCGUCUCCGCGAGACAGUUGGAACGUAUCGAGGACCAAGUGGCAAGGGCGAAAGCUGGUGGUGCAAAGGCAGUCACUGGUGGUCAACGGCCCAGCCUGGAAGGGCUUCUCGGGAAGGGCCACUUCUACGAACCCACUGUGUUGACAGGGGUCUCUCCAGAGAAUCCAGCGUUUGUGGAAGAAAUCUUUGGGCCCGUGAUUUCUUUGUCGAGAUUCCGCGAUGAAGAGGAAGCUCUUGCUUUGGCAAAUUCAUCGGACUAUGGUUUGGGUGGCGCGAUCUGGACGGAGGACAUUCGGAAAGCGUUUCGCGUGGCGCGCGGCUUGCGGUGUGGCCUCAGCUGGGUAAACUGCCAUCAUCGAAACGAUCCAUCCAGUCCAUGGGGUGGCUUUGGCCAGAGCGGCAUUGGCCGGGAAAACGGCCCAGAAGCGUUCGAAGAGUACACAACAACGAAGAGUUUGACCAUCAGGACGAAUGAAACGGCAGAGAAUUGGUUUGGAAGCAGAUCUGCCCGCUACGGCUGA